AUGGAUGUGACCGUGUUGUCCCGCGAAGAGGACGUCGCGAAGGAUGAAGAGAUAGAAAUCAUGAUCAGAAGUGCAAAGGCCGCUCUCAAGCUGGGCAUGUUUGAGGAGGGACUGGCUCGUUUCGAAGAAAUUCUCGAGUGCGGUACCAGCAAUUUCAGACUGCUCAGCACCAUUUAUAUGUGGUACGGAAGAACGUGCAGAAAACUUAAAUACAAUCAGAAAGCUCUGGAAUUCUUUGAGCACGAAGUGAACACCUACAGGUAAACAAUUCAGAAGGGCUUCGACUAAAAGUUAACGUUGCAGAUUGACUGGAAACUUUGCUGCGGCAUGCGACGCAUCUCGUCGUAUUGCGGAGUUGUCGUUGAAGAUGGGAAAGUUCUCGAAAGCGAAAAGAACUGCCGAGGACAUGCUGGAUUACGCGACGAGCAAACGGGAGGGAGAACAGUUCAUUCGACAAGCGAGACUUCUCAUUACUUCAGUUUAUCUAGAAGGAUUCGAACGAAAUAUGGAGAAGAAUCCCGACGAGAACAAGAGAUUGCUGAAAAAGAGCAAUGAGCAUAUUAUGGAAAUGAAGCUGCUCAGUGAAGACGCGGUGGACAUCGAGAUUCUGAUGCUCGAAGCAAAGCACGAUGCGCUGUCCGGAGACUUACGAAAGGCUCGGGACAUUUAUCACAAGUGCAUCGAUUUGGGUGUCAAAACCAAGCAGUUCGCAUUCGUUCAUCGUGCGUACUUCGAAAUGGCCUCUUUUGCCGAAGGAGGGGCUCUUCUAUGCAUAGUAAACGAUCUCAGAAGUGCUCUAUUUUAUGCGGAAAAGUACGGAACCCAAUCAGAAAUUGCACACUACAAAGUAGAUCUGGCCCAGAAGAUGUUGGUCUUCGGAAGCACCCAUGAAGCGUACCUCGUUUGCACAGAAGCUCUCGAAUCAUCUCGGAAAAUCAGUUCGAUCGGUCUGAUCACGGUGUCACUUCUGACCAUUUCCAAGUGUUUGAUCAUCCUCGGAGAGCGCAACCAGGCCGCUUAUUUCAUUGUCCUGGGAAGUGUUCUUUUUUUAGAGAAGGAGAGAACACAGAAGGAGGAGAAUCCGGAAAACACAGACUUCCAUCAGUUCUACAGUCAAAUUGACGAUCUGAUGACGUCGAUGAAAGAAGAAGUAGCUGAAGGAACAGAAGUGCAGUUGCAGCUGGAUGCGUCCGUCGAUUCUGUGCCAAACGAAAUGGUCGCCAAGUUCAUUGUCAAGCUGGAACACACGACGACUGUCGAGACGUGGCGGAUGAUGGUGAACGAAAUGAUCAACGAGGCAAGAAAACCGAUGCCGGAGGAGACGAAGGAGAACGAGAAGCCAUUGGACUUCAUGGAGCUGCUGGAGAAAAUGAACAAUCGAAUGGAUGACCAGAGAACUGAAUUGCCGGCCGCCGUGUUCAACAGACGUUGGUUUUGGCGCUACAACGAAGUAGCACUCGCACGGAAUGAAACUGUUACGAUUUGGAACUCGCAGUUAUAUUUUAACGUUGCGAGUUCCAAAUCGUAACAGUUCCAUUCCGUGCGAGUUCUACUUCGUUGCAGCGCCUUGGUUUUUGGCAAGAAAUCCAAUAAGAACUCUCUAUUUUCAGCACGUCCCUUGUCAUCUGCGUCGAGCAGAAAAACCAUAAAAAGUCAUCGAAUCUUGCCAGGACUACGAGCCAACAUCAACAAAUUGCAGUGAGUGGAAAAUUGCAGCGGGAAGACCUUGAACGUACGCGCAAACUGUGUCUUGUUUUCGUAAUUACACAGUAAUCAUCAUUAUAGUUCCGCGCUCGCCCUCAUUUCUUUUCUAGAUGCCACUUUGUUUGUUUUCAGAGAUAUGAGAAUCGACAGGAGCGCGCUCAGUCGGAUUUUGAAGCGUCAGAAAAAAAGCAAAGUGUCGAUUCAUUCGAAUUCGACCCAAGGGGAAGACACCCGAAGCGACGUGACUGCUGAUGAUUCGAUUAUGACCACCUCCAAAUAA